AUUCGGAAGACGUCAUCACGAUGAAAGACCUCACCAUCUACAACGCGGCGAUCGGCGAAGAGAUGUCCUUUGAAUACACUCUAGAAGUAAGCCAGGAUGUGGAUGACGACCCAUUAGCCUUAUUCUCAAUGACGGCCGAAGGGGGCGGAGUGCCGUGCUACGAGAACAUCGGAUCGUGCAUCUACAGCCUAUGCCGUGGAACAACGGAGGUGGAGAAGAGAAUGGGUGCUCCUUGGAACAACACGUGUCCCAUUCCAGCUGGCAGCUAUUAUACCUAUCUCAACCUCACGAUUCCGGCUGAUGCAAAACAGCUUCUUGAGGGACCCGACCUGCAAAUUAAGGUCGAGUAUGUUGAUUCAGAAGAUGACCUUGGCUGCAUCAAGUUUAAUGUUGUUCUCGAAGAAGCUUGAAGAAAAAAAAUUAUAUGGCAUUUCACCCGUGGUGAGACAGAUAAAAAGAGUAAAUAAAUAAUCUGCCUGUAUUGAAAUGCUUGAAUGCACAGCAUUUGCUGUUGAUUGGAUUGUGUUAGUUCAGCUGCUUCAUUAUAUUUAGGAGCUUUUCUUCAUACAAUAGAAAAUCUGGAGGGAAAUAAAGGCAAUGAAAAAUACGCAGAGUGCUAUUGGAA